AAGGAAGAAGAGGAAGAGGAGAAAAGAAGAGCUUAGAGGCGAGGGAAGAGAGGGAAGCCCGAAGGAAAGACUGAAAGGAGCAGGAGAGCAUGGGCAGCCACAAAACGCAGCGAUUGCGGAAAUUUUGCAGCGCCAUCGGCUCGGCAGAGAGUCCUUAGGUCGGGGAGUGAUUUCAGCACCAAGGGGGGGCUGGACAGCACCCAGAGGGGACUCGACGGCCCCUCACCGCAGCGGCAGCAGCAGAGGCAGCGGCAGCAGCAGCAGCAGCAGCAGCGGCAGCAGCAGAGGCAGCGGCAGCAGCCGGAACCCUGCUUUGUAACAGAAAAGGCAAGGUCAGUCCGAGGCAUAGCCAUGCACAGGCAGCUCGCCUGUGCUACGCCGCACUCAGCCUGCUUGUGUCUCUAACAUGCCCUUGCUUCUAAUUACUAGCAUUGUUUCUCUUCCCGAUUAGCGAAGCCAACUAGCAGAGAUCCGGUUAGGCUUUUGCUUUUUUUUUUUUUUCCUUCUUUGAUGGUUUUCCAGGGGGUGACCGAAGGGGGGGGAUUUUUUUUUUCUACUUUUUGGCGCGCCUUGCACUACGUGCCUGGAUAGUUUGUGGAUAUAAUUACUGACCGGCGUUUGGGCUGUUGCAGUGCGGGGGGGGGGGAGGGAGGAAAAAAGUCCACCCCCCCCAACCUUUUUUUUUUUUAAUUUUUUUUUUCCUCGGGUUCGGACAUUUCGAGUGGUAAAUGAACUUGAAUUGUCUCUGAGGUGAACAGGAUGGUCGCUGUUACUUUGUGAUGAGAUCGGGAAUGAAUCGCUCGGUUUAAAAAUGCUGCUUUGGAUUCUGUUGCUGGAGACGUCUCUUUGUUUUGCCGCUGGAAACGUUACAGGGGACGUUUGCAAAGAGAAGAUCUGUUCCUGCAACGAGAUCGAGGGGGACCUGCACGUAGACUGUGAGAAAAAGGGUUUCACGAGUCUGCAGCAUUUCACCGCCCCGACCUCUCAGUUCUACCAUCUAUUUCUGCACGGAAAUUCCCUCACGCGACUUUUUCCUAAUGAGUUCGCCAACUUUUACAAUGCCGUCAGCUUGCACAUGGAAAACAACGGCUUGCACGAGAUCGUUCCCGGGGCUUUCCUGGGCCUGCAGCUGGUGAAGCGCCUGCACAUCAACAACAACAAGAUCAAGUCGUUCCGAAAGCAGACUUUCCUGGGGCUGGACGACCUGGAAUACCUCCAGGCCGAUUUUAAUUUAUUGCGGGAUAUCGACCCGGGGGCCUUUCGGGACUUGAACAAGCUGGAGGUGCUCAUCUUAAACGACAACCUCAUCAGCACCUUGCCGGCCAACGUGUUCCAGUACGUGCCCAUCACCCACCUGGACCUGCGGGGCAACCGCCUCAAGACCCUGCCUUACGAGGAGGUGCUGGAGCAGAUCCCGGGCAUCGCCGAGAUCCUGCUGGAGGACAACCCGUGGGACUGCACUUGCGACCUGCUGUCCCUGAAGGAAUGGCUGGAGAACAUCCCCAAGAACGCCCUGAUCGGCCGGGUGGUCUGCGAAGCGCCCGCCAGGCUGCAGGGCAAGGACCUCAACGAGACCUCGGAGCCGGACCUGUGCCCCCCGAAGAACCGCGUCGACUCCAGCCUGGCGGCUCCGCCCGCCCAGGAGGAGGAGACCUGUGACCCGGGCCCCCUGCCCACCCCCUUUGGGGCGAGGGGGCAGGACGGGCCCGCCACCCCGGGCGCGGCCGCCGGCGGGGGUACCAAGGUGCCCGGCAACUGGCAGAUCAAGCUGCGGCCCACGGCCGCCCCUUCGACGGCCCACGCCCCGGCCCGGGCCCGGGCUCCGGUCCCGGCUCCGGCCCCCGUCCCCGCCCCGGGAGGCCGCCGGGGCCCCUGCCCGGAGAUCUGCGGCUGCGACCAGAUCCCCGGGGCGGGCCUAAAGGUCAACUGCAACGACCGCAACGUCAGCAGCCUGGCCGACCUGAAGCCCAGGCCGGCCAACGUGCAGGAGCUCUUCCUGCGGGACAACAGGAUCCACAGCGUCAGGAAGGCCCACUUUGUGGAGUAUCGGAACCUGAACCUCCUGGACCUGGGCAACAACAACAUCGCCACGGUGGAGAACCACACCUUCCGCAGCCUGGCGGACCUGCGCUGGCUCUACAUGGACAGCAACUACCUGGACACCCUGUCGCGGGAGAAGUUCGCCGGCCUGCAGAACCUCGAGUACCUGAACGUGGAGUUCAACGGGAUCCAGCUGAUCCUGCCGGGCACCUUCCACGCCAUGCCCAAGCUGCGGAUCCUCAUCCUCAACAACAACCUCCUCCGCUCCCUGCCCGCCGACGUGUUCGCGGGGGUCUCGCUGUCCAAGCUCAGCCUCCACAACAACUACUUCAUGUUCCUGCCCGUGGCCGGGGUGCUGGACCAGCUGACGUCCAUCAUCCAGAUCGACCUGCACGGCAACCCCUGGGAGUGCUCCUGCACCAUCGUGCCUUUCAAGCAGUGGGCGGAGCGGCUGGGGCCCGAGGUGAUCCUCAGCGACCUCAAGUGCGAAUCCCCGGAGGACUUCUUCAGGGAGGAUUUCAUGUUCCUCUCCAACGACGUGAUGUGCCCGCAGCUCUACGCCAAGGUCUCGCCCACGCUCGCCUCCCACGGGAAAAACAGCACCGGCCUGGCCGAGACGGGCACGCACGCCAACUCCUACCUGGAGACCAGCAGGGUGUCCAUCUCCGUCCUGGUGCCGGGGCUGCUGCUGGUCUUCGUCACCUCGGCCUUCACCGUGGUCGGCAUGCUCGUCUUCAUCCUGAGGAACCGAAAGCGGUCCAAGCGAAGGGACGCCAACUCCUCCGCCUCCGAAAUCAAUUCCUUACAGACGGUCUGCGACUCUUCCUACUGGCACAACGGACCCUACGCUGCGGAUGGAGCCCACAGGGUUUAUGACUGUGGUUCUCACUCCCUGUCAGACUGAGGGUCGCGGGGGGAGGGGGUCAG